AUGUCGGACAUUGCAAAGAGGGAGUUCGAUGCGCUUGCCGUGGAUGGCAGCAACUACCUCACUUGGACUACCGAUGUCGAGAUCAAACUCGACAGCAUGGGUCUCGAUCAUACCAUUGUCCAGCCUGAAGGUGGCAAGGAUGAACGCACAAAACCUGAUAAAGCAAAGGCGUUGCACUUUUUGCGACACCAUCUCCACCCAGACCUGAAGUCUGAGUACAUGACAGAGAGGGAUCCACUGGUUUUAUGGCAGUCCCUGAAGGAGCGCUUCAGCCAGCAGCGGUCGAUUGUGCUCCUGAGGGCACAACAGGACUGGAUCACCCUGCGCUUCCAGGACUUUAAGUCUGUGGCAGCGUAUAACUCUGCUUUACACAGGAUUGUGACAAAGAUGCGUCUAUGUGGCCAGAAGAUCACAGACGCUGAUAUGAUCGAGAAAACUCUAUCCACCUUCCACCCCGGGAAUAUUGUACUGCAACAGCAAUACAGGAACUCAAAGUACACUAAGUACUCUGAGCUGAGCGAGGUAUUGUCUGUCGCUGAACAACAGAAUGAGGUUCUUAUGAACAACCAUUCUGUCCGGCCCACUGGUUCCAUGGCUGUGCCUGAAGCACAUGCCAAUGUUGCUGAGAGCUCUCGCAACAACAAAAGGGGCCGUGGAAAGGGAAAGUGGAAAUGGAAAAGAGGUGCCAUUUUCGAAGGCAACGGAAAGGGAAAGCCCAAGGGUAGAACCGAACCCAAGAAGGAAAAAGGUGACCAUAGCAGGGAGGAGCAAGGUGAAUGCUACAGAUGCGGGGCAAAGGGACAUUGGUUCCGUAAAUGUCGCACCCCCAGGCACCUGGUUGACCUUUACCAGCAGAGCAAGAAAGGAAAAGGUCAACAUGAGUCCCACUUCACCACUGAGCCAGAAGCUCAGGAGCGCGAUGACAUGAAUGUUGAUGGAAGCGGUGAAGACGUCCGAAUGGACGAAAAUGAGAACAACCUUCUUGAUGACAUCGACGUAUUUGGGGACCUACAGUAA